AUGAUGAUUUCGUUAGAUAAACAAUAUCACGAGGAUUAUUCAACAUCUUGUAAAUGUCUACCAACCUUAAUUCCAAAUGAUCAAUUAACAGAAUUGAAUUUAUCAAAUUUACAAUUAGCAAAUAUCGAUUCAUUUCCAUUUGAAAAAUUUCCUAAUCUUCAUUCUCUCGAUUUAUCUUACAACCAAUUAACAUCAAUAAAUCCUGAUUGGUCAAAAUUAUCUCAAAAUUGUAUCAAAUAUUUAAAUUUAAGCCAUAAUAAAUUAGACUCACUUUUAUUUCUUAAAGAUUUCAAAUAUUUAAAUACCUUAAACAUAACAGAUAAUUUACUUAAAAAUAAUGAAAGAUUUCUUUCAUUAUAUAUUUGUCCAACAUUAGAACAUUUAAUUGAUGUAGAUCAAGAACAAAUUCACAGUGACCAAUUAAAAUUUGAUCAAUUAUUAUUAUUAUUAAUUCAAACAAACAUGGAUUCUUUAUGGUCAUUGUCACAUCAUGCUAAAAAUAAAACGAAUAGUAAAAAGUCACUAGAUGAUUUUCGUCGAUCUAUAAUAAAAUUCAUUGAAAAAGAAAACAUAUUUUUUGAAUUUCAUUUAUCAUCAUUAGGCAAUUAUUUUAUUGAGAAAAAGAUAAAUGAAUUUGAGUCUCGGGUUGAGUCAACGUUUAAAACAUAUUUAACUGAUGAUUUUAAUCGAUCGAUGAAUGCCAAAGAGAAACUAAAAAGUUCUUUUGAACCAAUAAAAUGUUUUCGUUGUCAUCAUAAAUCUAAUGAUGAUUUAACAACAAUAUCUGUAUCAAUGUGUGCAUUCGAACCAAAUAAUACAUCGAAUCAUAUAUUAGCAACAUGUGGUGGUCAUAAAGUGUGUUUUAUUGAUUGUAAAACAUGUGAAAUAACACAUAUCUUCGAAGUUAAUACAUUGAAAUCGGCAGUAACAUCAACUAAUCGUAUGAUAAAAGAUAAAAAUAGAAAGUCAAAUGCAGAACAUUUUUCAUGUUUAUGUUGGAUUGAAAUUGAAAAUAUUAAUCAGACAUUGAAUGUAUUAGCUGUUGGAUCAACAAGUGGCCAUGUUUAUCUUUUAUCACCACAAUGGAAAAUUAUGUUUGGACAUAUUGAACUGUCUGUUUCAUCGAUUAGCUGUUUAACUUGGCAUUCAAGUAAUCCAUGUAUCUUAGCUAUUGGCUAUGAUCAUAUCGUUCGUUUUAUUAAUAUUCGUUCGUAUAUCGAUCGACUACAAUCGUUUAUUCGUAAACAAAACAAACCAACUGCACAAUUUGAUUAUGUGGAUUCAUCGGUUUUUAUCAAUAAAAUUCCAACUACACAUAUGUACAAUCUUUACAGUGGUCAAGGUCCACUUGUUAACAUAACUGAUUUACUUUUCUGUCCAUUGUCGAAAGAUAAUAUCGUUCUUCUCGUUGGUACGACUUCAGGUCUUUUUAUUAUUAAAUAUAAAGAAAAACAAGAACAAUCACCUAUUCAACUUGCAUUUCCUAAAUCAAUAUGGACUCGUAGUGAACAUGUUGAAUCAUUUCGUAUGAUUAAUAAUUCGACACAUCUUAUUGCAAUGAAUAUUCUUGGUCUCGAUCAAAUUUGUUGUUUCAAUCUUGAACAAUCACUUAAAGAUCAACAAUUACAUAUUAUUAUCUUAAUAUCAAAUCCUUCUCGACAUAUUCCAACGAAAAUAACUCUGUUUCCAAUUAAUAAACGAAAGAAUAGUUCAGCUACUGAUUCAUUUGAAUGUAUUGUUGGCCACAAUGAUGGCUCAUUUUUUAAUCAUGAAAUUCAAACAUAUAAAACAAAAGAAUCAAUUUUAAAAACUAAACAAUACAAAAUUGAAUGUGAACAAAACGAAAUUUCGAAUAUUUUAUCCACUAGUCUAAAUGAACAUUUUCUAUGUUUAACUACAAAUAAUAAUCUUAUAUGUCUAUAUAAACGACAGUAA